CUUUUACAGAAAACGAGAAGCACGCCUGCGUCCUUCAAUCUCUUUUAUCCUAUCCCAUCUCUGCCCCUCUCCUAUCCGUUAACAAAACCACCAUCAUUUCAAAUCCAUCAAAAUCCCCAAACCUCAUUUUCUCCAUUUAAAAUCCUAACGGAAGGAAGAAGGAUAAGGACAAGGAAAGAGAAGAAAGAGAAAAUGUCUGUAAGAAAACCGAAAUGGCAUCCGCCGCCUCCUCCAAGCCCUAGAAUCCUCCACCUCCCGAGACGGACCAGACGCUCCAAAACGGCCAAACCGCCGGCUCUAAAACCGGCUUUCAUUGAGCCGGAUUCCCGCCGCGACAGCCGAGGAAAGCUCGAAGCGCUCUUCGACCAGGAGCGCAUCUUCGCUCGCACGGUUCCGAUCGUUCUCUUCAACUCUGCAGACUCAGAACGGAGAGACCGAGUCGGAAACGGUGAAGAAAAUCGCCGGAACGAUGCCGAUUUUGAAGACGAGAAGUGGAGGUUCCAGGCAGAGUUCCUCCGAGCGGAAUGCAAUUUCCUGCGGAUGGAAAGAGAGAUCGCUCUGAAGAAGCUGGAACGGAAUCGGUUGCAGACGGAAAGGACCUUGCAGUCCGCUGUAGAAACACUUGUCUCGGGGCGGAAGAAGAUCUACGACGAGAAAGAUCUUGGUCUACUGCUGGAAGAGGAGAUCGAGGAUCUAGAAGAGAAGCUGGAGGAGCUGCAGAGAAGCUCUGGAGUUAGAUUCGAGCAUCGAAAAUGUGGCAAUUUCGAUAGGCAGGCGUCGGUUCUCCGUCGACGACUCGAGAAGAUCGAAGGUGUCGCAGAAGAAAAGAGAUGCGUGAGGGAGAUCAGGGAAAUGGCGGAGGCGAGUCUGAGGAUCGAGAGCUCUUGCAGACUCGAGAAGACUUUCGUAACGGAUCGGAAAAUCCGGUUCGCAGAUGUGGAAAUGCUGCGGAGGAAAAUGGAAAGACUGUCGAAAGGGAUGUUGGAGAAGAUGGAGGAGUACGGUUCUUCAAUGCUCUCGAGUAACAGUCCGGCCGCCAGCUCUGCUUCCACUUCCAGGAGAAUCGAAUUUCCGGAAACUGCAAAACGACAACAGGAAGCGUGCUCGGGGCAGUGUAAGGCGACAUUGAGGAAGAUCGUGGAGGACGUGCGAGCAGAGACAGAGCAGUGGUCUGAGAUGCAAGGAAUGCUUGGGAAAGUGAGAGAGGAGAUGGAGGAAUUGCAGGCUUCCAGGGACUUUUGGGAAGAUCGGGCCCUCGAAUCCGACGACAAGCUCCAAACCCUCCAAAUUGCUAUGCAUGAGUGGAGACAGAAAGCAAUUUCCUCAGAGAACAAGGUAACUCAAUUGCAGAAGCAAAUCUCGGAGCUUCGAUCUGAGCUCGAGCUGGAAAGGUUGAGGACCGAACCUGUCAACAGAUCCUCACCGAAAGCACCGCCAGAUAUUCGGAACACAGACCCAGCACGCAAAUCAUCAGAUUUACAAAAGGAGAAGGAGAAGCGUGUUUUGAUAUGCCGCUUGAAGGAGAAUGCUCUAAGCGGCAAGAAAAACGAAGAGAAGGAUGAGAAGAGGAGAGUCCGCUCCUGUGGGACAAUCCCGAAGCGCUUGCCGCUGCAAGAAAUAGGGAAUUCUUCCUCCCAGUUGUUUAGGCAGAACAGAGCAGUGUUCCCUUUGCACUCUCCAGAGCUGUCCAAGUCAGAUAGUCCUUGAAGUAUAUGGAUAGGAUGGAAUGGAGAACUGGGACAUUAGGUCCAUGAACUUGUCACUGCAGGAUGUGGGUCUUAACCCCUGGCUCAUGAGGUUCGACCCCAAGUUCAUCUAUGUACUCAAAUAGACUAAAUGCAUUCUGCAAUGUGGAGCUCUGGUAUCUUCAUAUAUGUAAGCUUCUUGUCCCUUUGGUAUAUGAGACGUUGUGGGUUUCGUAGA